UUCUCGUGGUUCCGGAGGGUCGCGGCUCGCCUAGGGCUUUGGGGUCGGGCUGGGGGAUUGAGCUCCCGAAAGGCCGAACUUGGCUUACAGGGCACUCGUGCUGACUUGAGAUUCAGCCAUCGGGGUUGGUCUCGCGGCCCCUGCCGCAUGCCGUCCGGGGGUCCCGGCCUUGGUGAGGGGUCCAGCGAGGAGGGCAAGCGCUCACCCGGGCGCCCCCACCCCGUCCUCCCGCAGCCCCAUCCGGGGCGUAGGGGGAGGACCACGUGCUGCUGUCGCCCGCAACUCUGCCUGUCAAACGCAGUCCGCCCCCAGGGCAGGGGAGGGGACGCGCGGGCGCGGUGGGCUGUGCCCCCGCGGGAACCCGGCCGGCCCGUGCGCCCGCCGGUGCCAGCUCCGCGCUCUCUGCCUCGCGUGCCCACACGCUCCCGAGAGGCGGCGGGCAGAGCUGCCAGGAGGCGCAGGGACCCCCGGGCUCUUGGCCUGCCUUGGAAGAGAGGGAGCAAAACUAAAGCGGCCGCCCAAAGUGAGCGGUGCUGGGCAGCUCGGAGCGCCCAGGACCCCCUUUCCUGCUCUCGUCCGCUUCAAACUCUCUAGCGGUUUAAGGCAGAGAGGCGGCGCCGCCUCUCGGGGGCCUGGCCCGGGAUCCUUCUCCGAACCCUCCCCUGCGAUUUGGGGGCCAUCGGGAGACGCACUCGGGCUGGGGCUGCGCGCGGCGGGCUGGACUCUGGCGCGCCUGCCUCCCGGGCGUUGUUGAAUCGCUGCGCUUGGCCACGUCCGCUUUCCCAGCCUCAGGGGCUUUGAGAGACACAACUUCAAUCAAGGCAAGGGCCUCUGGAGAGUUGGCCGAGGAGCCGGGCUGGGGGGGCUUGGAGGAGCAAGACAUGCCUUUGCACCUGUGUCUGGGAAGGGGAGAAUUCCUUGUCACCGCCAAAGAAGCGACAGCCCUGAAAUGCGACAGCAAUUGACUGGCAUGGCAGAGGCCUGGGAGAAUCUGGUUGGAUGGAUUAGACUAUGCUAAACAGCCGAUGCUUUCCUCGGGAAUCCAGGGGCCAGCUGGUGCCCUUGACCUGACCCUGACCUGGAGCAAGGGAGUCAGAAGAUCGCCUGGAGAGGAACAGGAGCCUUCAGGGGACUGACUCGAGUUGCCAGUCAGAGGCUCCUGCCACCUAACUGUAGCUCUCCUCUGAUGGAAUGUGGGUGACGUCUUCCACCCAGGGGAGCACCUGGGGCUGGCUGUGGAGGGGCUUCCUGGUGAGUGAGGGCUCCCGGAAGUCCGACUGACCCCUAAUCUCUGCCUAGCAGCCACUGGAGGGGGGCCGGAGCCCCCAAGGUGCUUUCUUUCAGGAAGAUGAGGACUCUGAACACUUCUGCCAUGGACAGAGCUGGGCUGCUGGUGGAGAGGGCCUUCUCCUUCCGCAUCCUCACUGCCUGUUUCCUGUCCCUGCUCAUCCUGUCCACUCUCCUGGGGAACACGCUGGUCUGUGCUGCUGUCAUCAGGUUCCGGCACCUGCGGUCCAAGGUGACCAACUUCUUUGUCAUCUCCUUGGCCGUGUCGGAUCUCUUGGUGGCUGUCUUGGUCAUGCCCUGGAAAGCUGUGGCUGAGAUCGCUGGCUUCUGGCCAUUUGGGUCCUUCUGUAACAUCUGGGUGGCCUUUGACAUCAUGUGCUCCACCGCGUCCAUCCUCAACCUCUGUGUGAUCAGCGUGGACAGGUACUGGGCUAUCUCCAGCCCUUUCCGCUAUGAGAGAAAAAUGACUCCCAAAGCAGCCUUCAUCCUCAUCGGCGUGGCGUGGACCCUGUCCGUGCUCAUCUCCUUCAUCCCCGUGCAGCUCAGCUGGCACAAGGCAAAACCCACCAGCCCCCCCGACGGGAAUGCCACUUCCCUGGACGAGACCGUGGACAACUGUGACUCCAGCCUGAGCAGGACGUAUGCCAUUUCCUCUUCCCUGGUAAGCUUUUACAUCCCCGUGGCCAUCAUGAUUGUCACCUACACCAGGAUCUACAGGAUUGCCCAGAAACAAAUCCGGCGCAUCUCAGCCUUGGAGAGGGCAGCGGUCCAUGCCAAGAAUUGCCAGACCACCACCACCACCGGGAACGGAAACCCCGUCGAGUGUUCUCAACCAGAAAGCUCCUUUAAGAUGUCCUUUAAGCGAGAGACGAAGGUUCUGAAGACUCUGUCGGUGAUCAUGGGGGUGUUUGUGUGCUGUUGGUUGCCUUUCUUCGUCUUGAACUGCAUGGUGCCCUUCUGCGGGUCCGGGGAGACACAGUCCUUCUGCAUCGAUCCCAUCACCUUCGAUGUCUUUAUGUGGUUUGGGUGGGCUAAUUCCUCCUUGAACCCCAUCAUCUACGCCUUCAAUGCUGAUUUUCGGAAGGCGUUCUCCAUCCUCUUGGGAUGCUACAGACUCUGCCCUACAGCCAACAACGCCAUAGAGACGGUCAGCAUCAACAACAACGGAGCUGUGGUGUUCUCCAGCCAUCACGAGCCGAGAGGCUCCAUCUCCAAGGAGUGCAAUAUGGUUUAUCUGAUCCCACACGCUGUGGGCUCCUCCGAGGACCUGAGAAAGGAGGAGGCAGGCGCCAUCGCCAAGCCUCUGGAGAAGCUGUCCCCGGCCCUCUCGGUCAUCUUGGACUACGACACUGACGUCUCUCUGGAGAAGAUCCAGCCCGUCACACAGAAUGGACAGCAUCCAGCCUGAGAUCUGGGGUGAAUCCUGCUACACGUGCACACCCCCAAAACUAGACAACGUUCCCCUGCGGCUUGCUCUUCAGCCACUAAGGUGUGGUGAGAUUGUCAGCCUUCUGGCGGGCCCUCUGCUGUUUUCCUAUUUUCAAACGCAUCCCAGUCCAUUGGCUGUGUUCUUCCUAGUCACACAGGGACCCGUGGGAAGCCACGGGAACAUGUCUUUGCCUCCAAAGUUGUUUUCAGAGACUUCUUCCAUCUCCAGACUUUAAAAAACAAAAUAGGGCAAAGAACCAACAAUGAACAGCUUCACUUAAAAUCAAAGCUUUCCAGGAAGGAAAUGCAAAGGGUUGAGGUUGCUGUAUACACACAGGUGCUAACACUGUGGCAAGCCAGGUGUUCAGAUUGUAAAGGUAGGUGCAUGCCUUCAUAUGUUAUUUAUAAAAAUCAAUGAGCCUUACAGUAGGAAUGGAACUCCCUCCUUCCCCCAGAGCUAAGAGUUGUUUUGUUGAUACUGGUUUUAUUUAUUUAUUGUAUUAUAUGGAUAUUUCUAAUUUAUUAUAAUACCUCUAUAUUUAUCAUACCUAAUAGGAUCAAUAUGAAUGAGUUAUCAGAGACCGUGCCACUCAUUUUUGUCCAUUGAACUAGCACUUUAUACACCAAUGAAGCAAACAGCACAGACUCUCCGAGAUUCUAACUGCGUGUAUAGAAUUUCUAGAAAUACAGCAAGGAAGUGCUGAUGAUUUCUUGACCACAAAUAAAUACGAGGUGAGAACUGACAAAUGCUGUGAAUGCUUUUUUAUUUCUAGAAAGAUUUUGAAACAUUUAAAAAAGAGCAUAGCUAUUCUUACAUUCAAAUUUUUUUAAAAUGAGGACUUGCUCUAGGAGAAUUUGUAGUUCUGUAAAUAUCAUAAAAUAAGAGCCAAGCUAACAGGAAUCCAACUUUUUGACCUUAGGCAGUAAUGAAGAGUCUGUGCCACUUUGUAUUUAUGUAAAAUAAUUGGCCGUCUCUGUCUUCUCUCAUUUCUCGGGUCAGGUGGCUUUUCUGAACCAGAUGAAUGGCUUUCCUGGGUAGAGAUGUGUAGAGAAGACGGCGGGCUUCCUUAGCUCUGGUGUCGUAGCCCCGCCGAGGACCAAAGCUGUCACCCUGUGUCUCAGCUCACCAGGCAAACCAAGCCACUCUGUAGGGCUAUGACUCACAGUGCUGGAAUCUGAAUUUAGAAUUGAUUUGGCAAAAAAAAAAAAAAAAAAAAAAGUCUUUAGAUGUUAAUAGUACAUUAACAAACAGUGCCUCAUUGUCAACCCCGGGUUAGACCCACCCUCACCCCCCUUUGGUGGAAGAAACAGGAGACUCCUUCUCUUUGGAUGUGUUAAGUACCCCAGAGGCACCUACAGCUCUUUGGACAAACACUGUUCUUUCUCUGCUCUGGAAUCAAGUUCCUGUGCCAUCGCCUGAACUGCCAGAAACAUCCUCAGCUGUCCGUGCCAGGCGCUAACUCCUGUUAUGGGGGACACAUCAGCGGAGCUCCUUCGAAAUGUUUACAAGGUACUCAUGAUAAGCAACUGAUCUAAUAUUUAGAUGACAUUGGUAAAAUGAACAGACAUCUAUUGGAAAAUAUUCCCUGCAGCAGGUCUGUGUUAUUUAUGUAUUGUGAAUGUUUUCUUAAUUUUACUGCCUGUAUGCUUUCGUACAUAUAAUAAAACUAUUUUGUGAACUCAA